AUGGCCGAAGAAAUGGAAGAGAGGGCCAGCGGUGACGUCGUGUCCGAUAAAACCGUGUCCCCCGAGCCUGAGCCGGCGCCCGUUAAGGUCCCCGACGUGGAGCUGGUCGUCGACGGCUUCGGCUUCAUGCCCAAGUCUCCAGACGGCUCCGGGAGUAACCUGAGGCCCAGGAAGCUCUCCAAGGGCUCCAAGGAGACCCAGUCGCCGGAUACGCGCGGCAGCCCGUGCAUGUCAAGCACCAACAUAGACAUAGUGAGGAGGUUCACCUGGAAGACCAAGAACAGGAUGACUGUGCAGGUGAUUACGUAUGGCGCAACAAUAACGUCAAUUCAAGUUCCCGAUAAAAAAGGUGUCCCUGAUGACAUCACAGCCGGUUUCGACACUUUGGAAGAGUACUUCCAACCGCGCAACCCCUACUUCGGCGCGACGAUAGGCCGGUGCGCCAACUACGUGCGCGGCGCUGCAAUGUCGGUGCGGCCGGCGGGCAGGGUCUACAUGCUGUCCGCCAACAGGGGGCGCGACCAUUUCAACGGCGGAUUCGUGGGCUUCGAUAAGGUCAACUGGCGCUCCCACGUGGUCGGCAACAAGGUCUACAUGAGCCACGUGUCGGAGCGCCUCCACGAGGGCUACCCGGGCACCCUGAUGACGCAGCUCUGCUUCGAGGUCACCUGCGACAACACGAUCCACAUCGAGAUGAAGUGCACAACCACCGAGCCGACGGUGGUUAACCUCAGCAACGCGCAGUUCUUCAACCUCGCUGGCCACCACAAUGGCUCGGAGUCGAUGUACGAGCAUAUCGUCACGAUAAAUGCUGACAAGUACACCCAGGUGGACGAUGAAGGUUUGGUGACAGGGGAGAAGAAAGUGGUCGGCGGCACUGCUUACGACUUCCGAGUACCGAGGUGCCUCAAAGCGAUGCUGCCCAAGAUACCGAUGGGCGGCUACGACGUGAACUUCUGCAUCACCCAGGGCACCGCGCAGGAUCUGACCUUCCACGCCAGAGCUCUCCACCCCGGCACCGGUCGAGUCUUGGAGGUGUACAGCAACCAGCCAGGGAUGCAGUUCUACACUGGGAAUCGACUCCCUGAUCCCGAGAAGAUCGUCGAGCCUUUACCUGGCGCGUUGAACGCGGACGAAGAAGAUGGCAUUGAGCAGGGCGAGAGCGAAGGCAGUGAAUUGCGUGAAGAAGAUGAUGGAGAGAAUGGAGACGAGGCGAGUGGAGCUGGAAGCGAGGGCGUGGAGCAAUACGGCUACGUACCGCUGACCGGCAAAGGGGGGACCCUGUACAAGAAACACGGCCUCUUCUGCCUACUGCCACAAAACUAUCCCGACGCCAUCAACCAUAAAAACUUCCCAAACUCCGUGCUUAAUCCUGGUGAGGUCUACGUACACAAGAUACAAUACAAGUUUGGAAUACUUCUGGGCAAAUAUGUA